CGGACGUAGUAACGGCCAGCGGAAAAUCCGUUUAAUAAAACCUUUCGGAUUUCACCCGUAUAGUACAAAGCCAAGUGACAAUAAGUCCCAGCUAUGUGUCUGGAAUAGUGCAUUUACGUUUUCAUUCAUCUCCGCAUCAAGGCUCCUCGCGCUCUCGUUCACUCCCCCUCGUGCGCUCUCUUCACACACUGCCAACGUGACCCCGAAAGCUGUUCUCCGCACUUUCACUUUGGCCCAGCCACUACAACAAAAGCAACAUCGAACAAAAACCUAACAUAAACAAAAUUAUUGUGCAAUAGUGAUUGGCAAAACUUUAAUUCAGAAAUAUGUCCGCGCAGGAGAAGGUUAUACGCGUUGGUUCGCGAAAGAGCGAGCUGGCUCUGAUUCAAACCAAACAUGUCAUCGGCCGACUGCAGAAGCUGUAUCCCAAGCAGAAAUUCGAGAUCCACACCAUGUCCACCUUUGGAGACCGUGUUCUCAACGUUUCACUGCCCAAGAUCGGGGAGAAGAGUCUAUUCACCCGGGACCUGGAGGAUGCUCUUCGCAAUGGCGGCGUGGACUUUGUGGUGCAUUCGCUGAAGGAUCUGCCCACGGCUCUACCAACUGGAAUGGCCAUUGGAGCUGUUUUGGAGCGAGAAGAUGCCCGAGAUGCGCUGGUGCUCCGCGAGAACUUCAAGGGCCACACGAUAGCCUCUCUACCCAAUGGGAGUGUGAUUGGAACUUCCUCGCUUCGACGAACAUCUCAGAUCCGGAGGAAGUAUUCGGACCUGGUUGUGUGCGAUAUUCGUGGAAAUCUAAACACCCGAUUGGCCAAACUGGAUGCCGCCGACUCGAAGUUUGCUGGCAUUAUUCUCGCCCAAGCGGGCUUGGUGAGAAUGGGCUGGAUGAGCCGCAUCAGCCAGGUGCUGGAUCCCACAGAACUGCUUUAUGCCGUGGGUCAGGGUGCCCUGGCAGUCGAGUGUCGCGCCAAUGAUGAACCUAUCCUGGCCAUGCUCCAGAAACUGAUGUGCCUGAACACAACGUGCCGGAUUCUAGCGGAGAGGAGCUUCUUGAAAACCCUGGGCGGAGGUUGUUCGGCUCCGGUGGCGGUUUGUAGCAACCUGAAGGGGGAUCCCCUCAACGGAAACACCGAGGAGGUGGAACUUUCUCUGACCGGAGCUGUGUGGAGUCUUGACGGAGCUAUAGAGAUAAGGAGCCACCUGGCUUGUGCCUUAAACGAGGAGAAAUCGGAGACGGAACAAAGGAAGAGAGGUGCCCAGGAGAGUACCAGCCAGAUGCAGGAGGAGAACAGCAACAGCUGCGACUCGCCGCCAGCAUCGAAGCGUGCCAAGAAUGGUAACACCAGCUCUGGCUCGGAUUCGAACUCGAGUAGUCCGCGUCAACAGGGGACCCCUCCCAUAAUCUGUGAGGAUGUGGACGCUUGCGAGGCCCUCACCGGCUACAGUGUUGAGCAGCUCUCGGAACUGGCUAGCCAGUGUCCAGUACUGGGGAAUCCCAGCACAGCACCACCAGCUCCCGGAAUCGGUGGCGGUGAUGCCGAUACCAGCAAUGCCAACAGUACUCCACGCCAGUGUCCACUGCGGCUGGUUGGCGGCCAGGAGGUCAUGGGCCAGUGCCCAGUGGCGCACAAUCAAGCUAAGCCUGCUGCCGUCAAAUGUCCUGUAGCACAUGCCGCUUCCGGAGAUUCCUCAGCUGCGAAUGAUGGAAACGCAAAUACGGCUGCCAGCUGCCCCCUGCAGAUGCCCGUGGGCCAGGACUUUAUGGGCGAGUGUCCGUACGUGAACAAGGAGACCAAGAUAUCAUAUGCCCAUGCCGGCAAGUGUCCCAUUACAGGAGCGGCACAAACUUCGGUUCUGCCCACACCGCCGAGCAGCAGGGCCAGUAAUGCCAGCAGCACUGGCGAUGAUGUGGACAAUGUGGCCACUUCCUCGAAGUGCCCGUUUGCGGCGAUGCAUCAGGGCAGCGGCUUGGAGGCACCGGUGGCUAAGAACAAUGGUAAUGCCAGCCAGGCCAAGUGCCCCUUCCUCCAGAAGACGGUCCAGAUGUUCGAUUACGCUGACGAGGAGCAACCCCUGCCACAGAAAUCGGUGCUCAUUGAGGAUGUGGAGAACCUGUUCUGCGGUAUCUACCAGCACGCCUGCUACAGUCGCGGGAUCUACGAGAAGGCCUACCAACUGGGCAAAACCCUGGCCGAGGAGCUGAUUAAGCGAGGAGCUUUAGAUGUGAUGAAGGUGGCCCAGGCGGAGAUUCACGGGAAAGUGGCAACUUCCUGAGGAUAUGGCUUAUAACCCGCUCCCACCCAACACACCAGUCCUACCUCCCAUCACAUGACAUCAAAAUCAUUGUUUACAUUAAGUAGAAAAGUGUGACUAGACAAUACUGUUCCCCCAUCUUUCCCCCAAGUAGUUGGACUCCAUUGGAAGCACUUCCCUGGCCCAUACAUCUACAUAU